UUCAAAACGGGCCAUUUGAAAUUAUUCCCGCGAAAGGCUCGACAUCGUCGUCUUCAUCUGUGCAUACCAUCGCCCAUACGUCACUUCAAAUGUUGACACGGGAGAAUCUACCGCCUCAAGUGGCUCAGCGCGUAGCUCGUGAGCUCCGGAAGCUCGUUUUACAACCUUUGGACGGCAUCCGUUAUCUCCCGCAGGAACAAGAGCAGCUCAGCGAAAUUCACGCUGAAAUUCGUGGACCGGAGGACACGCCCUACCAUGGAGGCUACUUCACAGUCAAGCUCACGCUCACCGAGAGUUUCCCGGAGCAGCCACCGCGUGGCGUUUUCCUGACCAAGAUCUUCCACCCCAACGUAUCCCAACCAGCGGGAGAUAUUUGCGUCAACACGUUGAAAAAGGACUGGAAGGCGACACUCGGUCUGGCUCAUGUGCUCCAGGUGAUUCGCUGUCUGCUGAUCGUCCCGUUCCCAGAGUCCUCGCUGAAUGACGAGGCGGGGAAGUUGUUUCUGGACAGUUAUGACGAGUACGCGCGACGUGCCAAGUUGUGGACAAACAUUCACGCACCGAAACGAUCGGCUGCAUGUGAGGAAGCCGGAGAGACGAGCGGAGAGGAAGAAAAGAAGAGCUUAAGCACUGAUGGAAACAGCUACAACCAACACAAACGACCGUUAGAGGACAGUGCGAACGUUGAUGGAAACGAUGCGGCGAUGACGCCGAUGAAGAAGAAGAAAACAAGCAGUGAUGCUGACAACUCGCUCAAGAAGAAGAAGGCUAUCAAGAAGAAAGGCAUCAAACGACUGUAGAGCAGUCUGCACGAUGCACAUCAAGCUGACGUGUAUUCUAACUUGUUGGCGAAACUUUUUGCUGGUUUGCUCAUUAGUACCUCUACGAUUCGAGGACCGAAUGCUGAGACCAUUUUAACCUAAUCUAAGCUGUCUAACGCAGUAUUAACUCCUGUUGCU